AUGGCUCAAGAAGUUCCUACAUUCAAAUUAGUUUUAGUUGGUGACGGUGGUACCGGUAAAACCACUUUUGUUAAAAGACAUUUAACUGGUGAAUUCGAAAAAAAAUACAUUGCUACUUUAGGGGUUGAAGUCCAUCCAUUAGGAUUCCACACCAACUUUGGGGAAUUGAAAUUCGAUGUUUGGGAUACUGCUGGUCAAGAAAAAUUUGGUGGUUUAAGAGACGGUUACUAUAUUAACGGUCAAUGUGGUAUCAUUAUGUUUGAUGUCACUUCAAGAAUCACUUAUAAAAACGUUCCAAACUGGCAUAGAGAUUUAGUCAGAGUUUGUGAAAACAUUCCAAUUGUUUUAUGUGGUAACAAAGUUGAUGUUAAAGAACGUAAAGUCAAAGCUAAAACCAUCACUUUCCACAGAAAGAAGAACUUGCAAUACUACGAUAUCUCUGCUAAAUCCAACUAUAACUUUGAAAAACCAUUCUUGUGGUUGGCUAGAAAAUUGGUUGGUAAUCCACAAUUAGAAUUCGUUGCCUCCCCAGCUUUGGCUCCACCAGAAGUUCAAGUUGAUGCCGACUUGAUGCAAAAAUACCAACAAGAAAUGGAACAAGCUACUGCUUUACCAUUGCCUGAUGAAGAUGAUGCUGAUUUGUAA